AUGGGAGGCCGAUCCUGGGUCCAGGUGGGCUUCUGGCUGUGGGAGCUCUGGAUGGGGCUUGGGGAUAUGAAGGGGAUGGAGGGGUUCAAGCUGUCCCGGCCGGAGGGAGCGUUUGCCAUGGACCACAUCAGCAGCCACCGUCUGAGCGUAACCGCGAGCCCUCCACGCUGGGAGAUCGGGAUCUACGCGGCCGGAGCUGUGGUGCUGCUGGGGGUGGCUGCGCUCAACCUCUGGAAGCUCUGGCGCUCCGGGACGUACCCGGCGCCUUCCCCCUUCCCCAACUACGAUUACCGGUACCUGCAGCAGAAGUAUGGGGCUGCGCACCCGGACACCAAGCACAAGCGAGGGGUGGCUCCGGGUGCACAGAGGGGGCAGGAGAAGACAUCCCCCACCCGCAAGAGCAGCCUGAGGGCAGAUGACACCUUGGAGAGCAUCAACGAGCUGGGGAGCCUGGAGCUGAUGAGCAGGGACCUGGGCCUGGCUGCCUACGGCCCCCUGAGGAAAUCCAUCUCUGCCGACUCGCUGAGCUCCAUCUCAUCCAUUGGGAACAACUUCGGGCAGGACUUCACCGUGGGGCAGCUCGAGGUGUCCAUGGAGUAUGAUGUGAAGGCGGCUGCACUGCGGGUGAUGCUGCUGCAGGGCAAGGACCUGAUGGAGAAGGAGGAUGUUCGCUUCGAGUCCUGCUUCAUGCGCGUCAGCCUCCUACCGGCAGAGCAGAUCGUUGGCAUCUCCAGGGUGCAGCGCGGCUCCGGCGCCGUGGCCUUCGAGGAGCGGUUCUCGGUGCCGCUGGAGCCCAUGGCGCUGGAGCAGCAGAGCCUGCGGUUCGCAGCCUUCGGCAUCGAUGGGGACGAGCGCACCGUGAGCACUGGUGUGGCUGAGCUCAAGCUCUGUGACCUGGACCUGACCACGCGGCCCUUCAAUGCAUGGCUCUACCUGCAGGACAUGAGCAAGGCAGUGGACACUGUGGGGGAGAUCCUGCUGUCCCUGAGCUACCUGCCCACUGCCGAGCGCCUCACUGUGGUGGUGGUGAAAGCCAAGAACCUCGUGUGGAGCAAUGGCAAAGUGACUGCAGACCCCUUUGUCAAGGUGUACCUGCUGCAGGACGGGAGGAAGAUCAGCAAGAAGAAGACAGCAGUGAAGAGGGAUGACCCCAACCCCGUGUUCAAUGAGGCCAUGAUCUUCUCCGUGCCGGCCAUAGUGCUCCAGGAGCUGUCAUUGCGGGUGACAGUGGCCGAGUGUGGCGAGGACGGACGCGCUGACAACACCGGACACGUCCUCCUGGGCCCCACAGCCAGCGGCAUGGGCACCACACACUGGAACCAGAUGCUGGCCACGCUCCGGAGACCUGUGUCCAUGUGGCACCCGCUGCGCAGGAACUGA